CACACAACAAUGCACUUUUCUGCUCUUAUCAUCGCGGCCUCGGCCAGCAUGUUCUCUGUCGCCUCAGCUGGACAAGUCAACUUCUACUCUGACACAAACUGUCAGAACUACAUCGGCGAGAGACAUCCGGGUUCAUAUGUGACCACUGGUGGUCCAGCCGGUUCCUUCUCCGCACUGUGGGUGUCUAAUGACCAACAAGCUUGCAGCAGCACCUGUGGUCCGUUGAUCAUCUGCGGAGAUUCGAGCUGCAGCCGUCGUAGGGCUACGGGACUUGGACAAUGUGUCACAUUCAACACGGGUGUUUGGGCCAGGAAUGGGUGCGGUCAGGAUAUGUGCAACAACGCUUGA